GAAACGGAGCCUCUUAACCAUGAAGGAACUUUGACAUUUGUCCAGGUGUUUGUUUGCCUGAUUGUCUGCGUAAGCCUCGCCCAGGCUGGCUUCAUCGGUGGUGGAUACUCCGGCGGUGGCUACUCUGGCGGUGGCUACUCCGGCGGUGGCGGUGGCCACUCUGGCGGUGCACCCACCAUUGUCAAGGUGAUCCACGAGGAAGGUCAUGGACAUGGCGGCGGCGGCGGCGGCUUCGAUCAUGGACAUGGACACGGCGGCGGCGGUGAGGUCAAGAUUGUCAAAGUGAUUCAUGAGGAGGCACAUGGACAUGGUCACGGUGGCUUCGAUCAUGGACACGGACACGGCGGACAUGGCGCCGAAGUCAAGGUCAUUAAGGUCAUCCAAGAUGCUGGUUUCAGUCACGGUCACGAUCACGGUCACGAUCACGGACACGGUCACAGUCACGGCGGCGAUGUGAAAAUUGUCAAAGUAAUUCACGAGGAAGGCGGCGCCAUUGACCACGGCCAUGGUGGACACUUUGCCGCUGACCAUGGCCACCACGUCGAGGACGUGAAAGUCGUCAGCGUCAUCAGCGAAGGCGGCUACGGCGGCGGCGCUGGCGGCGCUGGCUGGUCUGCCGGCGGUGGCGGCGGCGCUGGCUGGUCUGCCGGCGGCGGUGGCGGUCAUGGCGGCGGCGGCGGCGGCGGAGUUAAAAUCAUUAAGGUUAUCUCCGAUGGCGGUGCUGGCGGCGGCUACGGAGGUGGCGGUUAUGGCGGUGGCUACGGCGGUGGUUACGGCGGCGGCCACGGCGGCGUCAUCUCUGAUGCAGGCAGCAUCGGUGGCGGCGGCGGCGGCGGCGGCGGCGGUGGCUGGGCACCACAGGGUGGCGGCGGCGGUGGCUGGGCACCUCAGGGCGGCUGGGCCUCAAGCGGCUGGUAA